UUGAUGCUGAAUUAGAUGUCAUGGUCUGUGUGCUUCUGUAUUGUCUCUGGUGUCAUCCGUUCUUAUUGUCGUGCCUUCUAGAUGGCUUGGACUACAGUUCCCAUCAUCCUUAGCUAGCUUGGAUGGGGGAAAUAGGGAUUGAUUUUAUUUUUAAAAAAGUCAAUUGCCUUUAGUGAGCUUAAAGGAAACUAUGACUUUCCAAGACCCAGCAUUGCAUAGUGGUUUGAGUGUUUAACUACAACUCUGAAGACCAGGGUUCGAUUCCCUGCUUGGUCAUGAAACUCACUGGGCAACCUUGGGCAAGUCACACACUCUGUUUAUCCUCACGACAACAACAUUCUUAUGAAGUAGCUUAGACUGAGAGGCUAUGGGAGGCCUGAGUUCAUUGAUAACUUUAUGGCUCAGUGGGCAACCUAGAACUUUGAUUUCCCAGGUUCUUACUAUCAGCUUCAGCUUUUUUGUCAGCUGUGUUCCUUCGGGGAACUGGAGGAUCUAAAGAUUGUAGCAUGCAUGUUAGGACACAUCUUAUGUGAGCAGUGGCCUGUUACCAUCUUUUAUAUAACCAAGAGACUCUGAAACAUCUUCUCCUCAUUCCAGUCAGUCUCCCAAAACUGUCCAAAGUUUGAUGGUUGAGCGUUUCUAUCAUGAACGCAGAAAGCGGCCAGAGUCAUGAAAAGAGGGUGAGCCAGUUGAGCUGAGCCAGAGGACAAAAUGGCUGCUGAACAACAGGAAGCAGGCAUUUUGGCUUGCCACCAGUACAACACUGCGUCGACGAAGGGAGUGAAAAGUGAAGAGCCGGAGUCCAGAGACCCUGUGCUCUUGGAGGGUCUGAAAUUAUCCAGAAAGACGCCUUACCUUGGCCAUGUGGAAACCAUUGGCGAACGCCUGAGCUGGGCGGUGGCGAAGCAAGCCGAAUGUGAGCUGGACAACGGUUUGUUGUCCCAAUGCUGGGAAGGCCAGUGGCAAGACUUCCUCAAGACUGUGCAGCCUCCUUAUUCGGGGUGGAAUAACCCACAACUUCCAAGGACCCCUCUCCUGGCUCCUUCCGAAUGUUCAGCCAGCGUUUACCGUGAGCCCAUGCAAGAGGCGGCGAGCGGACUCCUGUUGGGCCUGCGAGAAAACUCUCUCAAGGGCAAUCUCAGCACAGAUUGUGGAGCAAAGGCAAAUUACAAAGAGGUGAAGCGAGAAACCCCGACGGAAGAGGACCUCACCGCUGAGGAGCACCGGCAGCACUUUCGGUGGUUUUGCUACCAAGAGGGCGAAGGACCCCGGGAGAUUUGCACCCAGCUCCGGGAACUCUGUCUCAAGUGGCUGAGGCCAGAGCUCAACCCAAAAGAACAGAUUGUGGAGCUGAUUGUCCUGGAACAAUUCCUGGCCAUCUUGCCAGAGGAAAUCCAGAGCUGGGUCGGAGAAGCAGGACCCGAGACCUGCACCGAAGCAGUGGCCUUAGUGGAAGAAUUCCUGCUGCGGCAGCAAGAGGCAGAGAGGUGGAAGCAGGAGGUACUGGGGGAAUUCGAGGAAGUGGCCAUGAGUUUCUCACGAGAAGAUGAUGUUGGCGAGAGACAGCCUUCCCAAGAGAUCAAGAGGGAGAGAGUCAGGAUUCUAGAUGAUGGAUGGGAAAGUGAGGGUGAAGGAGAAUCAUUUGAACCACCAUUGGAAAGAAUCGAGCCUCAAGACCCUGAAGAAAAUUUUGAGGAUCAAGAUAGGCCAAGCUGGGAGCAGAGAAUACAAAUAGACAAGAGGGGUAAAUCCAUUAUUUGCCAAAAUGGUGACUUGGAUGAUACUGAGCUCCAGCAAAGAAUGUAUGCAGGAAAACGAAGGCACAUGUGCAAUAUCUGUGGGAAAGCGUUUACUCAAAAAUCAAAUCUCAACAGGCAUCAGAGAACCCACAUAGGAGGGAAAAAAUUUCAUUGCUUUAUAUGUGGGAAAAGCUUUAAUUGGGAAACAAGCUUUAUUAGGCAUCAGAGAUUCCAUACUGGUGAAAAGCCUUAUCCAUGCUUAGACUGUGGGAAGAGCUUUAGUAGGAGUGCAAACCUUAUCAUUCACCAGAGAAUUCACACAGGGGAGAAACCACAUCAGUGUUUAGACUGUGGGCAAAGCUUUAGUCAGAUCUCCAACCUUGUGAGACAUCACAGAGUCCACACAGGAGAGAAGCCUUAUAAAUGCACAGAAUGUGAAAAAAGCUUUACUCAAAAGUCAAAUCUUAUCAAACAUCAAAGUGUCCACUCAAAUGACAAACCCAACAGGCACUUGGCUUACAGGGAAAGACUCAAUCAGAGGUCAAACUGCAAUAGAUUUGAGACAAUUCCCUUUGGUGAAAACCCAUGUAAAUGCUUCAAGUGUGGGAAAAUCUUUUCCAGAAGAGGAAACCUCCUUCGACAUCAGAGCAUUCACACAAAAGAUAAGCCACAUAAGUGUACAGAAUGCGGGAAACGUUUCAACCAGAGAACAAAUCUCAAUGCUCAUCAGAGAAUCCACACUGGAGAGAAACCUUACAGAUGUCCAGACUGUGGAAAAACUUUCAGAUGGAGGGCACAUCUCAUCAUUCACAAGAGGUUGCACACUGGAGAAAAACCACACAAGUGUGCAGACUGUGGACAGAGCUUCAGUCAGAGAUCCAACCUCGUGAGACAUCUCCGAAUCCACACUGGAGAGAAGCCAUAUAAAUGCUCAGACUGUGAGAAGAGCUUUGGUCAGAAAUCAAACCUCAUUAAGCACCAGAGGAUUCACACAGGAGAGAAUGCGGUGGAUAUGAGUCUGAAUGGUAUUAGAUAUAAAAGAAUUAUUAUAGGAGGUGACACGUAUAAAUGCUUCCGUUGUGGGAAAAUAUUUUCUCGGAGAGGGAACCUUCUUAGACAUCAGAGUAUUCACACCAGAGAGAAACCACACAAAUGCUCUGACUGUGGAAAAAGGUUCAACCAGAGAACUAACCUCAUCAGUCAUCAGAGGAUUCACACAGGUGAGAAACCUUUUCAAUGUUUGGAAUGUGGGAAGAGCUUUCGACAGAGCCCACAUCUUAUUAAACAUCAGAAAGUGCAUACAGAAGAGAAGACAUCAUAUAGCAUUUUGGAUUACGGAGAAAAUUUCAGUCAAGAUUCAAACUGUGGUAGGCAUGAGAGAAUCCGCAUGGGAGGAAACCCAUACCAAUGCCUUAUAUGUGGGAAAAUCUUCAAUUGGCAAUCAAAUUUUAUCAGACAUCAGAAAAUCCAUGCUAGUGAAGAGCCCCUUAAUUGCUCUGAAUGUGGGAAACAAUUCAAUAGGAGAAGAAGCCUAAUUGCUCAUCAGAGAAUCCACAUGAGAGAGAAGCCUUACAAGUGUACAGACUGCGGGCAGAGCUUCACAUGGGAAGCACACCUGGUCAUCCAUCAAAGAAUCCACACAGGAGAGAAGCCUCAUAUAUGCACAGAAUGUGGGCAGAGCUUCAGCCAGAGGUCCAACCUUAUCCGACAUCAGAGAAUCCACACAGGCGAGAAGCCUUACAAAUGCUCAGAUUGUGGUCAGAGUUUCAGUCAAAGAACGCACCUUGUUGUACAUGAAAGGAUCCACACAGGGGAGAAACCGCAUAAGUGUUUGGAGUGUGGGCAAGGCUUCAGUCAACGGGCACAUCUUAUUGUGCAUCAGAGAAUCCACACAGGAGAAAAGCCACAUAGAUGCAUGGACUGUGGGCAAGGUUUCUGUCAAAGGUCUAAUCUAAUCAGACAUCAGAGGACCCACGCCUGCGAGAAGGUGGAACAGCGAUUCUGAUGUUUCAGGAAAGCAUAUGCUGUCUCAAUCAGCCAAAGAUAGAUGAGGAAAAGAAUUAUGACUGUUUGGAUUGCAGGGAAAACUUGGACUUCUCUUGGUGAAAGAACCCUACAAGCAUGGGACCAAAACCAUUCACCUGUAACUAGUUACAUUUGGACAGGACAAGGUUAUAAUGUAAUUACAUUUGAAAAGUAACCUAAAAAGUAGGAGUGAAGUUACUUUACGGUUAUACUGACUUUCAAAUUUUAAGGAGCAUUUUAAGAGGAAUUGUUUAAAUCUUUAUGGCGUUCUCUUUAGGGUUUUUCUGUUUUUCAAAAAAGGCAACAAAAAGUAAUAGCCAACAUCAGUUUGAGUUACUUUUCCAAUAUUGUCAUGAAAAGGGAUAAUAGGUUACAUGAAAGUAAUGGGGACCAAGUUACUUUUAAAAAGGAACUUUCCAAGCCCUGAGGGAGACCUUUGUGGAAAAUAGUCUCAUUUGGCACCCACUCUGUCAGUGGAGGAGAAAAAACAGGAGACCAAAGGCUGUGAAACUGGAGGGAGACCCUAAUGUUUUCAUGGCACUUAGCUGUUCCCCUUUUUUCAGUGAAAGCUGGUGCCUUCCAUGCCAGUGUGACUGAAUCCAUGGACUUUAAUGAAGCUGUCUAAGGCAGGGGUUUCCAACCUGUGCUCCAAGGAGCCCUUAGGACUUCAUGUGCAUUUCUCCGGUGCUCCAUGGCUGCUGCAGGAACAUGAAAGAAAUAAAAAUUGAAUGAAAUUAAAAAAUAAGAAUAUAUUCUUAUAUAUAGUGCUAAACACCAUUGUAAGACAUAGGGUAGGCCUCUUAGGGGCUGUGCCAGAGAAAUAAGGGCUCUGCGAGGCAAAAAAGUUGGGAACCUCUGGUCUAAGGGAUCAGUGCAGCACCAUGGAUAGCACCUUUAAAAUUAAAAACCUUAAAACCCAGAACAGAUUCACUGUCACCACAUUAGUGGAAGACACCAGCAGUCCCUGUCCCUCUCCCAGGGCAUGCCAAUUCCCCCUUUCCUUAGCAACCCUUUUUGACAUAGACUUGGGGUAGGUGGAAUAUAUCCAGCACCAUUUAGAUAUUGUGUGCUGACGCAUACCUUACGUAAUCUCAUGCGUGCUCUCAAUUUGCAUUCUCCACAAUUUGGCUAUUUCCAUUGCCCCCCUCUGUCUUCCUGUUUUCCAUUUCUUGAACUGACUCUUUAUCCUGCUGGCACAGCCAGCAAGGCCUAAAAUCUCCCAUCUUCUUCCUCCUCUGGCUUCAUCUUCCAUCUUGCUUGCUUCCAAAAUUUGGGAAGGCCCAGCCAUUUCCCAUCCAGUUCUGUUUCCUUCUGUCUCCACUUCCCAGUGUCUCCAUUUCCCAGUGUCUCCACUGUCGAAUGCUUUCUUUCUUAGGGUUUGUCUUCACUGGGCAGAAAUCUCCAGGCUUCCCCCAGAGUAUCCUGGCACCGAAUCCACCCAUUACUUUUGCUCUCUCUGCUGUGGUGGCAGCGGCUGCCUUCCUAAAUGAUCCCUUUUUGUUGUUUCCUGGCACUGCUGCUGAGGUCACAGUGAGGUGCCCAGCCAUGGUUUCAAAGCUGGGCACCUCAUUUUCAGCUUAGAGUGACUCGUGCCCACCGUGUUGGCACUGGGCAGCUCAAAGGGAGUACAUGGGAAGGCAGCCCCUUAUCCUUGCUGCGGAGAAAUCUGGUAACUGAGGGGAAGGUAAGUUUUUACCACAGCAAAAGGUACGUUUUUAAAAUGUGGGUUAUAGGGAGGAAUUUGGUGAGGAUGUUAUGAGAAUAGUCUGCACCCGAUUUGGGAUUUUAGCAGUGAGACCAGCAGUAAUUCAAACUAAAUAUCCCAUGUAGACAAGGCCUUUCACUGAAUAGUCCCUUUCUAGAUCUGGGGAAAGUUACUUUUGUUGGAUUACACUCCAAAAUUCUUGGCUGGGGCUGUCAUCCGGCAACAGUAGCUUUUCCCAGCUCUCUCUUUUUCCAUUUUCCCCUUCUUACCUCCUCUCUGCCCCCCUCCAAUGUGUCCUUUUACUAGACUGAAAGCCUGUGGUCAGGGGACUCUCAUUUCACCAUUAUAACACAGCAUCUAACACAUAAUACCAAUAAAUGAAUCAUAAACACCUAAAAGGCUUUUCAACUACAGUGGACUGGACUGAGUGAUUCUGGUUGGACUAUAGCUGGUUUGGGAGCAGCUGUAUUAAUCCUGGAUAUAUAAGACUAUGUUGCUUGGUGCCUAUUGGGAGUUGGAAUUCAACACUCUGGGAGGCUGCAGAUUUGCCACCUUGAACCUGCGGUUGAAGCAUUAAACAAGCUUGUAUUUCAAAUAUAUGUUUGCCACUGAAAACAAAAAUAUGUAAUAUAGGACAAUGUUCUCUUCCUGAAAUGAAUAAUGUGACAUUUUCAUUCUGUCUUUUGUUCUGCUUUGCCUGAGGGGAGACAGUCUUUAACCAUGAGGAGGGGAAGCAAAUCCUUUUUUCAAAAUUCAGUUUCUUUUACCUAAUGCUGAGGUGGACCUUUAUGAAAGGGAUCUAGGAGUCCAAGUAGGCCAUAAGUUGAACAUGAGUCAA